UUCCAAUUUUUUUUUAUCUUAUAUUUUAUUAAUUUCUUUUGGUUGUGAUCUUUGAUGGGUUCUGUGUCGGUCUAAAUCAUUUAAAUCCUUAAAAUAAUGUUCUCUCUCAUUUCUCUAUCGAUAUAAACACCAUAAUUACAUAUUCCGCAUCUUCUUUCUCUUCAUUCCAUUCCCAGAGUCUAUGAAGAUUGAUGAUAUAUACAGCUUAAUUAUUUGUCAUGAACUAGAGCUUCACAUCAGAGUUUUCAAGUUUUUCUUUUGAUGGGUUUUGUAAGAAAUGCUUACGGAUCUUUCGUGGAUGUGAUGGAUUCAUCAUCAGCUUUUCUCUUGCUUUUCAGCAGGAUGUAUCCGUACGACCGCAUCAGUCAGAAACCGCAUCAACGAUCGAGUUUAAAGCAUUCAAAAAUGGGCUGAAUUCAUAACGCUCCAAAUUUUCUGUUAUCUUUUCGUUCAAAUCCAUGGGGACGUACUUUCAUGGGAGAUCAGAAUUCCAAGCCGCCGCGGAUGGGCUUCAGACACUUUACCUCAUGAACCCAAACUACGUACCCUACUCUGACAACCAAGACCACCACCAUCCAGCAGCCAACAUGCUUCUCCUCAACCCCGCCGGCAACGCGCUCAACUCUGCUACCCUAUCGCACGCGCCACCCCCUAGCCAACACUUUGUCGGAAUCCCACUGAUUCCCACGAACAAUUCAGAAGAUCCAAACCGUCCAUCCAUGCUAGCUCCGCAUGAAAUUUCAGCCCUCCAUGGCAUCGCCACCUCUCGUGUUCACUACAACUUAUGGGGUCCGGUGGAUCACGCGGCUUCCGUGACAGCGGCGAGCAGCUCCGGCGGCGGCGUGGAAGUUGCGUCGCAGAUGGGUUUUGGGGGACCUACUCAGCAGGGUUUGUCACUUAGUCUGUCUUCGCAACAGACGGCUGCGUAUAAUAGGUCACUUUCGGGUACUGAGCCUCGUGAUCAUGUUGCAGCAAGGCAUGCUCAUAUUCAGGGUAUAUCGCCGACAAGUGGGGAGGAUCUGCUUGCGUCAGGGAAUUCUCCAUCGUCCGUAUCGGCCGUGUCAAACGGAAUUCCGGGCAUGCAAAGUGUUGUUUUGGGCUCAAAGUUCUUAAAGGCUGUACAGGAAGUUCUUGAUGAAGUUGUAAACGUUGGAAAGGGAAUGAAAGUGGCCUCCUCGCUGGAGGGGACCAAAGAGAAGAUGAAGAUGAAUAAUGAACCUACGGAUGCGAUACAAGAUAUUGGUCAUGGGGAAAGUAGUUCUAAACAAGCGGCUGAGCUCACCACGGCUCAGAGACAGGAGCUCCAGAUGAAGAAGGCAAAGCUUGUUAACAUGCUUGAUGAGGUGGAGCAAAGAUAUCGACAGUAUUACCACCAAAUGCAGAUUGUGGUGUCUUCGUUCGAGCAGGCCGCAGGUUUAGGUUCGGCAAGAUCUUACACAGCCCUUGCUUUACAGACUAUCUCAAAGCAAUUCCGAUGUCUCAAAGAUGCAAUCUCCUCACAAAUAAAAGCCACUAACAAGAGCUUGGGUGAAGAGGAUUGCUUGGGAGCAAAGGCAGAGGGUUCAAGACUGAGGUAUGUCGAUCAACAGCUACGACAACAGCGGGCGCUGCAACAGAUGGGAAUGUUCCAACACAACGCUUGGAGACCCCAGAGAGGAUUGCCUGAACGAGCUGUUUCUGUUCUACGUGCUUGGCUCUUUGACCACUUCCUACACCCAUACCCUAAGGAUUCAGAUAAAAUUCUGCUUGCAAAACAAACUGGGCUAACUCGGAGUCAGGUGUCCAACUGGUUCAUAAAUGCCCGAGUUAGGCUCUGGAAGCCAAUGGUUGAAGAAAUGUAUUCAGAAGAAAUUAAGGAACAAGAGCAAAGUUCUUCUCAGGAUAAUAUUACAAACAAGCGAGAAUCCAACAAGGAAUCGGGAUCAAAAACAAUUUCACCUCAAGAGAGUGCAGCCAUUAGAAUUGAUCAAACUAAAGGCCUUCAAUCAAAACUAGAAACGUUCACCAACCCAAGCUUUUGUUCAACGGAAAUCUCUAACUCUUCAAUGUCAACAUCUCCCAUGGGCGGAUCCAUUCAAACCCAGUCAGCCAUUAACCUAAUUGGAUCGUCCAACAUGCAAAGAAGUCCCAAGAAACCAAGGAAUUCUGAAAUUGAGAAUUCUCCAGAUAGAAUCUUCUCAAUGGAAAUGGCCAUGAAACCCGAUGAGACAAGUACAGAUAAUAUCAGCACAAAGUUUGGAACUGAGAGGGCGCAGACCAAGGAUGGCUAUUUAUUUUUCAGUGGCACUACCGAUAGUGAUGGUGGCGGAUUCAGUACAUAUCCUAUGGGAGACUUUGGAAGGUUUAAUCCCGAGCAAUUAGCACCAAAGUUUCAAGGAAAUGGGGUUUCCCUCACUCUUGGCCUUCCUCACUGUGAGAAUCUGUCUUUAGCAGGAACCGGCCAGCACAGCUACCUCUCGCACCAUAAUAUUCCAAUGGGAAGCAGACUUGAAAUGGGGACCGCUGAAACCGAAUUUUGUGUCAUUAACCCGCCGCAGCAUUCUCACUCUAACGAUGGCUACCAGAACAUCGACAUUCAAAACAGAAAGAGGUUUGCUGCCCAAUUGCUGCCUGAUUUUGUGGCCUGAGAUUGAACUUGCAUGCACCUCUCCCACUUCAGGCCCUUAUAUUUGCUACCAUUGCAAAUCACUUAGGCAUGUUAUCUGCAGGAUAUAUAUUGCAGCUAAAUAUAUAUAUAUAUAUAUAUAUAUAUAUAUAGUUAAUUAAAUGACUCUUUAGGCCAAAGAAUUAAAGGAAAUGGUGAAAGUAGUCUUGUUGAUUUCGGUUUCCACCAUCUUUGUUGUCCAUGCAUUGAUCCUUUGAAAGAGGAGAAGCACGUUUAAAUCUAGGGAAACAAGUCAUAAUAGGGUCGAUAUAGUUGCAGAAAACAAGUAGGUUUUCUUAAUUAAUGGCUUAUGAUCAGUUGAACUUUCAACAUUGGGGAUCGUUUAUGUAUUGUAUUGAUACCCUUUGAUAUUGCUAGCUAGCUAGGUUGAUUGGAAAGUUUCAUGAAUAGCUAAAUGGUAUAUAUAUAUAUAUAUAUAUAUAUAUAUAUAUAUAUAUAUAUAUAUAUAUAGUUUGUAAAUUAAUUUCUUGUAAAUCAUUUGUACGUACAUUUUUGUGUUUCGAGGCAUCAAUAUCAUGCGGUUUCAGGAGGACA